AUGCCAGGUUGGAGAUCCACCUUCUACAUAGCAGCAAUAGCAGUCGCAUUGUAUCUCCUUUACCCAGAAACUUUAUCAUAUAAAAGCCGAUUUGGCUCCACAAAAAAGUCUCCAGAACUUUUGGCAAAAGCCCACGAUGCAGCAUUGGACGGAAGUCCCAAACUAGCCUCAAACAGCUACCUUGAGGUGAGGUUUCCCAGGAUCAACAGAAACCAGAUUGGAAAAGAGAAUGCAACUUUGGUGAUGCUAGCAAGAAAUCUGGAUCUUGAAGGUGCACUCAAAUCCAUGCGUCUGUUGGAAGAUAGGUUCAACCGCCACUAUAGGUACCCGUGGGUGUUCAUGAACGAAGUUCCGUUCGACGACGACUUUAUAGAACACACGUCGUUGAUGGCAAGUGGGAAAACAUACUAUGAAUUGAUCCCCGAUGAGGACUGGGAACCACCAGCAUUUAUUGACGAAAAUAAAUUGCAGCAUAAUUUGAGAACGGCAGAGGCCAAUGGCGUAAUAUAUGGUGGCUUGCGGUCGUACAGAAACAUGUGUCAUUUCAACUCGGGCCAUUUUUACAAACAAAAAAAAUUGCUUGAAUUUGAAUGGUACUUUCGGGUCGAGCCCGAUGUCGAGUAUAUGUGUGAUUUCCAGUAUGACCCAUUCACACUUUUGCGCAAGAACGGCAAGAAAUACGGCUUUGUCAUAGCCAUCCAGGAAUAUGAAGACACUAUACCAACUUUGUGGGAAACAGUUGAAGAAUUUAUGGAAAAGUAUCCACAGUAUCUCCAUCCCAAUAACGCCCUAAACUUCAUAACUUCGCACGAAACGUCGCUAAAUCUCGGCAUUCCGCUCGUGGGACAAAACAAAUACAACCUAUGCCAUUUUUGGUCCAACUUUGAAAUCGGAAACUUGGACUUCUUUCGAGGUGAAGCCUACGAAGCCUACUUUAACCAUUUGGAUCAAGCCGGUGGGUUUUAUUACGAAAGAUGGGGAGACGCUCCAGUUCACACAAUUGGCCUCUCGUUGCUUCUCGACAAAAACGAAAUUCACCACUUUGACGAUAUCGGCUACUACCAUCCUCCGUAUAUGGCUUGUCCUGCAUCUCUCGACGUUCGGGCUUCGAAACGGUGUAUCUGCCAGGCAAGAGAUCUUGAGGACAAAAUGAGCCGUAUGUCUAUUGAUGUCGAUUACUAUAGUUGUCUCAGUAGAUGGUGGCGGUACGGGUCGGGAAAAAGGUUUUUGAACGAAAUCGACUAUACGGCUGCAAAUUGA